CUAGACUCUACUUAGGAGUUCCAUUGAGAUUAAAACUCUUAUAAAACCCUUAAAUAAACCCUAUUCCCACAUCUCUAAUCUCUUACCCUGUAGAAACAAGUCAGGCAGGCCCACAAAAUAAGGUUGCCACUAAAGCUAGUGGGCAAGCUUAACCCCCUUGUGCAGGCUAGGAAAGCCAUUGGGCGACUUGUGCUAAUUUUAGGGUAUUUUAACUGUGGAGAGCAGUGGCGAGAUUUUGAGAGCAGGAUACUAUAACUGAUAAUGGAGAUAUUAAUUAUAAUGAAAUUGAGGUGAGAAGAAAUUUCAGAAUGAUUAUUUUAAGAUAAGCAACAAAUGAAGUUCGAGAAGGAAAUUUAUUUUUAUGAUCUAAAUUAAUUUAAUAGAUCUUAUCCAUAAAGAGUCACUCAAUAAUUAUAGGUCCAGUUUUACUAAGAAAUCAAGAGUUUAUCAUUAAGGCAUUAUUAUAGCACAUAAUGUUUUAUUUGGUUUGCACACCUAAAUGAAACAUAUAAAGCAAAGAAGUAUUGAGUCAUAAACUUAUAUUAGAUGGAUGUACAUUUUUAUCUUCACAAAUUAAUUAUACUAAGGAUACUUUUUAGCCUAAAAUCUAAAGUCAAGUUAGUUAUUUUCGCAUGUUGCUCUGUAAGGUCUUAUCGAAACUCCUUAGAGUCUUUCUCCAAUCUUCUUUAUCUCUCUUAUUUUUCAAAAAGAUAUCAAAGUUUUACUAAGAUAUUAAAGUUUUACAACCUAACCAUAAAUUUCUUGCUUAAAUUGAUAAUUAAAAUUGUUGAAAAGAAAUUUAAUCUAUCUCAUCUUCAAGUUUUAUUGUAA